UUGAAUUCAUAAUACGUAAGAAAUGUGUUUAGCCAUAAUUAACUGUGUGUGCUGCAACAAGAGACAAUGCAACGUGGUUUUUUUUCACAAAGUUAUUGUUUUUUUUUUUUUUUGUCAUGUUUAGCACGCUUAAGGGUUGUGUCAACAUAUUUCUGCAGCCAAGCACAUUUUUCUUGGAAUUAUGUUUCAUAUUUAUGCAGCUAGACGGCACGGUAGAGUUGCAGCAAAGCGUUGGGCUCACAAUCGUGAGGUCCCGGGUUCAAUCCCGGACCCGUCUGUGUGGAGUUUGUAUGUUUUCCCCGUGCCUGUGUGGGUUUUCUCCGGGCGCUCCGAUUUCAUGCAACAUGCAACAUUAACUGGAUACUCUAAAUUGCCUCUAGGUGUGAUUGUGAGUGCGGCUGUUUGUGUCGAUGUGCCCUGCGAUUGGCUGGCAACCAGUUCAGGAUGUACCUCACCUCUGCGCAUUGACAGCUGGGCUUCAACACUCCCUGCGAUCCUUGUGAGCAGCGAAGAAAAUGGAUGGAUGGAUUUAUUCAGCUAUUCGACAAUAUCCAUCGGAUCUCUUUAGUACAACAUUGUGUAUGAGGUUCCUCAGUCGUGGGUUGGCGAUUGCAUCCAAGUUUCUAUCACCGAACACCUUGAGAAGGGGUCUGCGAUCAACCGUAAUGAUCAGAUUGAGGCACCCCAGGACAAAAUGAGGAGUUUUUUCGACGGCAUCCACCACAGCCAUUGGCUCCCCUUCAAUUGGGACAUACCUUCAUUCAGCUGAUGAAGUAAAGCGACUGCUCACUAGUGUGACUUUCCAGCCUCGGCAGCAGCAGAAUGGCUUGCUUGAUGUGCAUGCGCAAUAUUUUUGAAGUAGCCAGAAGUCAAUGCCAUUUUUGCUGAAGUCUGUUGCAAGGCAUGUUGGCUUCCUUUUGUCGAAUAUUUCCACGCCCCUUUGUAUUUCUUGGAUGAUGAUGGUAUUUGCUUCUUCAAAGAGUUUGUCCAUAUGUUAAUUCCACGUGAACGGUGUCUUGGGUUGUAGCUGGGUGUGCAAGGGUUGCAUUCUCUCUGCUAAUGCAAAACUAUAUGCUACUUGGUUUACAAGUCCAAACCAGCUUCACACAUCAGUGAUCGUGCGAGGUUUGGAGAAUCCCUUGAUCGCCUCCAGAACCUGUGGGCAUGGACGAACAGCUGUGGAGGUGAUUUCAAAGCCUGCGAAAUUGACGGUUUCUCUGGCAAACAAGAAUUUUAAUGGGUUGAGGAGGAUACCAUUUCAGCCACACGUGUCCAGCCAAUUUGCUGCUUAGAAGAAGCUAUCCUCAAUGGAGGGAGACCACAUGAUUAUGUCGUCAAUGAUCUUUGUUUUUGGUUGUCAGUGUCAUUAACUAUUUCAUCAAAUCGCCUGGUGUAUGCGUUUCCAGAUGCUAUGUAUCCCUGAGGGCGCACUUGAUACCGAUACCGGCCCCUGGGUGUGAUUAAGUUUGUCAGGUGCCUGUCUUUUGGGUCGAGUGCGAUGCUAUGGUAGCUGUUCCAGGCAUCAAAAGUGCUUUUCCUUGUGUUCCGUGGGACCGUGCAUGCUUGGUGGGGUGGCGAUUUUGGUGUGGUGUGUCUCUUGUCUAAUGGCAAUUCAAAGCUUGGAAGUCGACAGUCCGCCGAGGUUUACCAGAUGUCUUUGCGCAAACGAGCAUUCGAUGACACGAUGAAACUGGGGUUCCGAUUGGGAAAGGCUCUAUGACAUCAAGCUGAACAUCCUGAUCAAGCCCAGCCAGUGGACAGGUACUGGGAUUGGUAUGUGGUGUGCUCCAGGUGUGGCAUCGGUGUCUACAUUAAGUCUCUUAGGGGUCCUGACAUCAUGAUUUUGAUGUUCACAGACGUUGAAAUGCUACUUUUAUAGUAGUCAAACAGCCAUUGGUCUAGUUUUUCUUUGCUCUCUUCAGUGGCUGGAAAGGGUAGGGAUGUAGGGAGAGGGCGUGAGGUUUGGUGGAGAGGACAAUUGCAACAGUCUUCAUCAGGGCUAUUGUCAGUAACACUGUGCAGAACUGGAGACUCUGUUAUGACUGACUCAAUGGUGGGAAAUGAGUGGGGUAUAAUGCCUGGAUCCCUACAGGCCUCCAUGGAUUGGAAGAAUUUGUCUUUUGAUCGGGAAAUGUAACCAAUCUGACGUGUUGUUUUUGGCUGCAUUGAUUGUGUAAAGCCGGGGAUGCGUAGGAUUAGGGUGGCCACGAUUCCAACAAGUUCCUGGUUUGCGGCCCUCAUCUUCAUUGAGGUGGGAAUGAGGUAGGAGGUGUUCAAACCUUGUUGACGCAGGAAGGAAGUGCCAGCAAGACACGACUGGCAGCCUGUGUCUGCGACUGCCAGUAUGGUAGCGGUUCCAGUGGGACUGCGCCGAGUGGAUUAAAUUCUGUCAGGUUCACCAAUCAGACAUUCAUUAAACAGGACAAAAAAGGAAGCAAAGACACCAGUUCAAGUCUCGCGAGGAGAGAGGAGAGGAACUGUCUCGUACAAUUCACCACUGCACUCUCUGAUUAUCUUCACCUCAGCACCUCUUUUUAUUUAGUUUUAAGAUGCCCCUUAUUUACAUGGAUGUUACAAAAAGGAGACGACAAGCAAAACAGUUUGAAACAAGGUGUACAUGUUUGUUCAUGUGCGCGUGGAUAGGUGGAAGAUUGCUGAAUACAUGUGUGGUCCUCAUUUCUUUAACAGGCAGCAUUUCAACAGUUCUGAUGAUUACAUGUUUUUGUUCUUGCUAUCUCCUGCUAGGAGGCUGCCAUGCUAUCUAGAGCAGAGCAAAGCAUUUCUUUAUUAGAAGCAGAUGUAUGAUUAUUAUGAUCACAAUUAUUCCUACAAAUUCCUAAUUCUUUGGCAUAUAGUAGGAGGGCCUGAAUCUCGAAAGUGAUAGUCGGUUGAGGUGCGGAUGCACAAUUUUCCCACAUGUCACACAGGGAAUCAUACACGUAGUGGUCUAGUUUGAUUGUGUUGGCCAGUUGUUCAGUGGAUGGAUCCGUGAGAAUGAUUGACACCUCCCUUUUGACCAAUCAGUGAAGGUCAUUUUCUGAUUCUUAUUUUCGCGAUCCUUUACCAACAAACAAAGAGAGCGCGUGCUUACUUUAAGCCUCUGAAUUCCGAGUGUAUAUUCCCGCUUUUUCCGAUUUGGAAAUAUGGUGCUUUGAUGUGCCUGCAGAACGUGUCAUAGAGAGAUUUCAAAGAGAUUACUGGGAGGAUAUCUGCUGCACUUUCCCACCCCAAAGCGUAAUUUGGAUAAAUGCUGAUGGAUUUUCUGUAAAUACAUUUAUUAUGCAUUUGAAUUAUUGUAGGUACAUUUAGUAUGUGUAGAUCCAGGCAAUGUAUCACCCUUGUUUUUUGUUGAUUCCUUGCACACAGGAAUGCAACUAGACAAAGUAUCAUCCUUGCUUCGGACCAAACGAGCACCCACACACAGGUGCAUCAGCCUACCCCUAUCUUCUGAGAAGUGGCCAAGGACAACUUCAUCAAUGCACACAUAUCAUUAUCGAAGAAUGUGCCUUUGUUCACUUGCUCACCCCUCCUUUUGACCUUGUGUGUUUUCGGAAAUAAAGAAAGAGUACGUGAGAGGCUGGUUCAGAGCGUGUUUGGAGACGGUCUCUCACAUCCUCCUGAUGAGAAAAAAUACGACUUCUUGUCCAUUAUUUGUGCAAUUAUUUCAGCAAAUUAGGUGAUAAACCUCUCAUUUUCUUGGUCCUUCGAGCCGGAUUUUAUGAUAACCGAGGAUCCCAGCUUCAGAGUCGACUUCCAGGAAGACCAUGGCCUACGGCAACACAGACGCGUUAAGGGACUGGUCCUCAAACGCUCUAACUGGGAUCUGAGGGUUGAAAUCCAAGGGACAAGAAGACGUCUUGAUGACAUGAAACUACAGUGGAAUAAAGUCACCGGGAUUAUUACGGACGGCGCACCUGCCAUGGCUGGCGAGCGGAGUGGAUUAUCAAGCCUUGUCUGUAACAAAGUCAGCGAAGAAGGAGGCAGCGCUAUUAAACUCCACUGUAUUAUUCAUCAAGAAGUUCUCUGUACCAAAUAUAUGAAAUAUGAUAAUGUUAUGAAACCGGUGAUAAAGACUAUUAAUUAUAUUCGCUCCAAAGCGCUGUGCCACCGCCAGUUUCAACAGUUUCUUCUCGACAUCCAGGCUGAAUACGGAGAUGUUUUGUAUCACACCGACGUAAGGUUGCUCAGUCGGGGGUCUGCGCUGCAGCGCUUCUUCUCUCUCAGGGAGGAAAUUGGACAAUUCUUGACUAAAAAGGGACAACCCAUGCCACAAUUAAAUGAUCCUGUUUGGCUGGCUGAUUUGGGAUUUUUAGUUGACAUAACGCGACAUCUGAAUGCGCUGAACACAAGCCUUCAAGGGCAAAAUGCAGUGGUAAGCCAACUGUAUUCACACAUCAAAGCCUUUCGGACCAAGCUGCUACUUUUCCAAAGACACCUGUCACAGGCGCAGCCCAAUACCGCACAUUUCCCGUCGCUGCAGGAAAUUGUGACCAGUUUCCCACAGAUCAAUAUCAGUGCGCAAAUGACAAAGUAUGCAGCAGACAUCUCAUCUCUGGUUGAGGAGUUUCAGCAGCGCUUUCGGGACUUUGCAGCUAUUGAAAAGGAGAUCACGCUUUUUUCCUCUCCUUUCUCCGUGGACCCUGAUGACGCUCCAGACCACCUGCAACUGGAGCUCAUUGAGCUGCAGUGUGACGCCGAGCAUCGCAGUCGGCACCAACAGCUCCCUCUUGUCAACUUCUACCGCCAGCUGGAUGAAGGCAGGUUCCAAGCAAUUCGGACAUUUGCUAAGAAAAUGCUGAGCUUGUUUGGCUCCACAUACAUGUGCGAGAAGACAUUCUCCGUUAUGAACAUUAACAAGAGCCGCAUGAGGACGAGACUGAGUGACUCUCACCUGCGUGACGUCUUGCGCAUCAAAACCACUGCUCUUGAGCCAGACAUGGACUACAUACUGCAGUCAAGAUCCCAGUAUCACCCUUCACAUUAGUGCAGGCAAGACCUUUGUUAAGUCCUCUGAGCUGAAUAAAUUCUUAAAUCUCAGUUAAUUAAUUUUUUUGUGAUGGUCAAAAUCACAGUUUGAAUAUGCAGUGAUCAUUGUUUUGUUUUCAGCACUUUUCCUACAGUGAGCAUAUAAUAGUGAAUAAUAUGUAAUGUUUCACAUGAACUUAGAUAUCCUUUAUAGUUUUCUUAAUUUUUUGUGGUUUGUGAUUUCGGUAAAAACCU